GUAUUUGAAUACCGGGUUCUUUACAUUGAAAGUGCCAGUCAUUCAAUAUUUGGAGACACGUAUUUUGCGCGUGUUUUAUUUAUUCAUGUUGUAUUAGAUCAACAGAAAGAAACAAUGGGAGCAGUACGUGUGAUUAACGACGAUGGCCACUUUUAUGGGGAAAUAGCUAGUGCUGGUACAAAAUUGGUUGUAGUAGAUUUUACAGCAACAUGGUGUGGUCUUUGCGAUAUAAUUGCACCGGUGUUUGAGCAACUAUCAGUGAAAUAUUCAAAUGCAGUAUUCCUUAAAGUUGAUAUAGACAAGUGUGUAGCGACUGCUGCUAUGCAAGGAGUCAAUGGAGUGCCUACAUUUUUAUUUUAUCGCAACAAAAAAAAGUUGGGACUGUAUCAUGAGUCCGACCCGGCUGGACUAGAAUCAAAAAUUCAACAGUUUUAUGGCAAUGGAGAGUCAGAGGAUUCUGAGAGUCCAGUGUCUGGACAUAUGGAUCUAUCAACGUUUAUUACCAAAACACAGUGCGAGUGUUUAAAUGAGUCGGACGAGCACAACUUUUUGCAAUGUUUGAGCACCGACGAGGGAUACCUGGAAAGCGAUUGCGACGAACAGCUGAUAUUAUGCAUCGCGUUUUCACAAGUAGUCAAAGUACAUUCUUUGAAGAUCAAAGCUCCCGAAGACAAAGGACCAAAAACUAUCAAAUUGUAUAUCAAUCAACCUAGAACGAUUGACUUCGAUAUGGCGGAUUCUAAUACAAGUGUUCAAGACUUAACUUUAUCAGCGAAAGAUAUCGAAGAAGGUAACCCAAUUCCUCUGCGCUAUGUGAAAUUUCAAAAUGUGCAGAAUCUACAGAUCUUUGUAAAAGACAAUCAAAGUGGUAGUGAGACGACAAGGAUCGACCAUUUAGCUGUAAUUGGUUCACCAAUUUCAACAACAAACAUGGGAGAAUUCAAGAAGGUGGUCAAUAGAGAAGGAGAGAGUCAUUAACAUCCAAUUGCUUAUUGUAUAAUGAAUUGUGAAAGAGUAUCUUAUGUCAAAUAAACUUUCCAUGGUCAUUAUAUUUGACGGAAAUGAUACGAAAGUAAAAACUUUUUUAUAA